AUGUCGAACUCUCAAUCGUCUCUUCCCUCCUCGUCUUCAUCGUCUCAAUCGUCUUCAUUCAAACAGCUCAUGCAGCACCCGCAAGCGCUGAAAAUUUUAGGAUGCGUCGUCGGCGUCGUCGGAUCUUUACUCGUGUACGGUUUAUUGCAAGAACGAAUCAUGACUCGACCGUACGAAACGGACGGAGAAAACGAAGAGUAUUUUAAGUUCUCCGUGUUUUUAGUAUUAUCGAACAGACUUUUGUCCUGUUUAAUGGCGAUGGGGAUUUUGGCGUAUUCGAGAGGGAACGUGCAACCUGUCGCGGGUAUUCAUCGAUACUGCGCGGUCAGUUUAUCCAACGUCAUCGCGACGUAUUGUCAAUACGAAGCGUUGAAAUACGUCUCGUUUCCGGUACAAACUUUAGGGAAGUGCGCGAAGAUGAUUCCGGUGAUGAUUUGGGGAUAUUUAAUUAAUCAGAGACGGUACGUCAUGCAAGAUUAUUUCAUCGCCGCAGGCGUGACGUUAGGAUGCACGAUGUUUGCUUUGUACGGGGACGUGUCUUCGAGCGCGGCGAAACAUCACGGGAAAGGUGGGAAAGAUACGAGCAUGUACGGCGUCGGGUUGAUGUUGGGAUACCUCGGUUUCGACGGGUUCACGUCCACGUUUCAAGAUAAGUUGUUCAAAGGGUACCAGAUGGAAACGUAUAAUCAAAUGCUGUGGGUGAAUUUAUGUUCGGCAUCUAUUAGUGCUUUGUGGUUGUUUUCGGAUUCGGCGUUUUUCGACGCGGUGGCGUUUGUCGGGAGACACCCGGCGGUGUUGCAAGAUAUUUGCACUUUGAGCGUCGCCGCAAUGUUAGGACAGUUGUGCAUCUUGUACACGAUUCGUGAAUUCGGGGCGUUGCUGUUCGCGACAAUCAUGACGACCAGACAGUUCUUGUCUAUUCUGUUGUCGUGCUUGAUUUUUAUGCACCCGUUGACGUUCAUGCAAUGGCUCGGGACCGCGAUGGUUUUCGGAUCGUUGUAUUACCAAGCGUAUUUGAAAAAUCAGCGAGCGACGAGCGUGGCGACGGUGAGUGAGAUGCGCGAGCCGUCCGCAUCUGGUGCGGAGACCGGAGAAAAGAACGCCACCGUGUGA